CCCAACACUGCCUUACUUUUUUCACUCACGAUGAUCUACAAUAUUCGACAUAUUUUGCUCCUAUUUUUCUUACUUCAUAAUUUUCAUGACAUACUAUGCAACAAUGACACAGACAAAGAUGUCCUUCUUUCAUUCAAAUCCCAAGUGAGUGACCCCAAAAAUGUUCUGUCUGGGUGGUCUUCAGAUUCCAAUCACUGCACCUGGUAUGGUGUCACAUGCUCCAAAGUUGGCAAGAGGGUCCAAUCUCUCACUCUACCAGGACUUGCCCUCUCUGGCAAACUUCCCGCUCGUCUUUCCAACCUCACUUACCUACACUCCCUUGACCUUUCCAACAACUAUUUUCAUGGCCAAAUACCCCUAGAAUUCGGCCAUCUCCUACUUCUCAAUGUCAUUGAAUUACCUUACAACAAUCUCAGUGGUACACUUCCACCACAGCUGGGUAAUCUUCACCGUCUACAAAUUUUAGACUUUUCAGUCAAUAAUCUCACAGGUAAAAUUCCUCCAUCAUUUGGCAAUCUCUCUUCUCUUAAAAAAUUUUCCUUGGCAAGGAACGGUUUGGGGGGUGAGAUUCCAACUGAACUUGGUAAUCUCCACAAUCUUUCCACUCUUCAACUCUCUGAGAACAAUUUCUCUGGCGAGUUUCCCUCUUCUAUCUUCAACAUCUCUUCCUUGGUCUUCUUAUCCGUGACAAGCAACAAUUUAUCAGGCAAGUUAACACAAAAUUUUGGAACUGAUCUUCCAAAUAUAGAAAAUCUAUUUCUGGCUAGCAAUAGAUUCGAAGGGGUAAUUCCUAAUUCCAUAUCCAAUGCCUCACAUCUUCAAUACAUUGACCUUGCUCACAAUAAAUUUCACGGUUCCAUACCUCUAUUCCACAACUUGAAAAACCUUACCAAACUCAUUCUUGGUAAUAACUUUUUCACUUCCACGACCUCACUGAAUUCUAAGUUCUUUGAAUCCCUUAGAAACUCCACCAUGUUGCAAAUUCUGAUGAUCAAUGAUAACCAUUUGACUGGGGGCCUUCCAAGCUCUGUUGCUAAUCUGUCUGGCAAUCUUCAACAAUUCUGUGUUGCUAACAAUUUGCUAGCUGGUACCCUUCCUCAAGGAAUGGAGAAAUUUAAAAAUCUUAUAUCCUUGUCUUUUGAAAACAAUUCUUUCACUGGAGAGUUACCAUCAGAAAUAGGAGCACUACAUAAUCUAGAGCGACUUGCAAUAUACAGCAACAGAUUGUCAGGGGAAAUUCCAGACAUUUUUGGCAAUUUCACAAAUAUGUUUUUCCUUGCAAUGGGAAAUAAUCAGUUCUCGGGUAGAAUUUACCCAAGUAUUGGACAAUGCAAGAGAUUAACUUUUCUUGACUUGGGAAUGAAUCGGCUAGGUGGGUCCAUACCAGAGGAGAUUUUUCAGCUUUCUGGUUUAACAGCCUUGUAUUUAGAAGGAAACUCUCUGCAUGGUUCGCUUCCUCAUGAGGUCAAAAUCAUGACACAGCUUGAGACCAUGGUCCUCUCUGGCAACCAGUUGUCAGGGAAUAUUUCUAAGGAAAUAGAGGGUUUGUCUAGCUUGAAGUGGCUUCUGAUGGCAGGAAACAAAUUCAAUGGUUCAAUCCCAACCAAUCUAGGGAAUUUAGCAUCCCUUGAGACUUUGGAUUUAUCAUCAAACAAUCUCACCGGUCCUAUUCCUCAAAGUUUAGAAAAGCUCCAGUAUAUACAGACAUUAAAUUUGUCUUUCAACCAUUUGGAAGGGGAGGUUCCAAUGAAAGGUGUUUUUAUGAACCUUACCAAGUUUGAUCUUCGAGGUAACAACCAACUGUGCAGCCUUAACAAGGAAAUAGUGCAGAAUUUGGGAGUUCUCCUGUGCGUUGUUGGCAAAAAGAAAAGAAAUAGCUUACUCCACAUCAUCCUUCCAGUUGUUGGUGCUACUGCUUUGUUCAUUUCAAUGCUCGUUGUGUUUUGCACAAUCAAGAAGAAAAGAAAGGAGACGAAAAUCAGUGCGUCAUUGACCCCUCUCAGAGGGUUGCCUCAAAACAUAUCUUAUGCUGAUAUUCUGAUUGCCACAAACAAUUUUGCAGCUGAAAACUUGAUUGGAAAAGGAGGCUUUGGCUCAGUGUACAAGGGUGCGUUCAGGUUCAGCACUGGUGAAACCGCCACCCUUGCUGUCAAAGUCCUGGACCUGCAACAAAGCAAAGCUUCUCAGAGUUUCAGUUCUGAAUGUCAAGCUUUAAAAAAUGUUCGACACCGAAACCUAGUGAAGGUUAUCACUUCUUGCUCCAGCCUUGAUUAUAAGGGAGAGGAAUUCAAGGCCCUUGUUAUGGAAUUCAUGCCCAAUGGUAACUUGGACGUGAGUCUAUACCCCGAAGAUGUUGAGUCAGGAUCCUCUCUAACCUUGUUGCAAAGAUUGAACAUUGCCAUUGAUGUUGCCUCUGCUAUGGACUACUUGCACCAUGACUGUAAUCCACCGGUAGUGCAUUGUGAUAUGAAACCUGCCAAUGUCCUUCUAGAUGAAAAUAUGGUAGCACAUGUUGCAGAUUUUGGAUUGGCAAGGUUUCUAUCUCAAAGUACAUCAGAGAUGCAGAGUAGCACUCUAGGACUGAAAGGAUCAAUAGGCUAUAUUGCCCCUGAAUAUGGUCUAGGAGCCAAGGCUUCAACUCGGGGCGAUGUGUAUAGUUUUGGGAUCCUACUGCUAGAGAUGUUCACAGCCAAAAGACCAACUGAUGAAAUCUUCAAAGAAGGAUUAAGCCUAAGCAAAUUUGUCUCAGCCAUGGAUGAGAAUGAAGUACUAAAGGUUGCCGAUCGAAGUCUUAUUGUUGAUUAUGAAUAUUCAACUCAAAGCUCUAUCACCGGUGAUCAAAGCAGUGGCAUUGGCAGCAACACACAUUGGAUUCGUAAAGCUGAGGAGUGCAUAGCUGGUGUGAUAAGAGUUGGGUUGUGUUGCACAGCUCAAGAACCUAAAGAUCGAUGGAGCAUGAGAGAGGCCAUAACAAAAUUGCAAGCAAUUAAGCACUCUAUGUUGGCCUUGUGAAGUAAGCCUCAAGCCUGGAUGCACUCAUUGUAGAAAAUCAUAUCAUAUGUAGUCACUGAUGUGGCCAUAAAAACAAAAUUGAGUAGUUAGACAUAUAAUUAUAACAAUUUAAUAAAUUCCACUCCUUUCUCGUUUUA